AUGUGGAGACAUUUGUGCUGUUUAUUCAUGGGAUUCCUUAAUUGGAUUAAUUUUUUCCGGGUUUACCGGGACAAAUCUGAGAACCGACCAUCUGUGUUAAGAGGAGAUUGGUUAUUUGUGAGUCUGUGUGACUCAGAAGGACAUGGAAGUAAGAAGGAAUACCAAGGAUAUGUCCAUGAAGUUCUACAGAAUGAAGUGGCUUUAGGAUUUAGUCAAAGUUUCAGGGAAUCGUUUAUUGAGAAAGAGAGGUUCAAUGUCAGGUUUAUAUUCAACCGACUUCCGACCCGCCUUCAGCACCGAGCUUGUCAACUUGCGUGUGAGCUCAGUCUCGGAGAUAUUCUCUUUCCUCAGGAAAAUAGACUCCGAAAUUAUGUAGAGCUUCCAGAUUUGAAAUUAUUCAAUCAAGACCUAGAAAAGAACAAGCAACAGAAAUGUGCCGUCCAGCAUAUAGUAGCCGGAACAUCUAAACCUGCUCCCUACCUUGUGUUCGGUCCACCCGGAACCGGUAAAACUGUGACCAUAGUCGAAGCAAUCAAACAGAUAUGGAAAUGUUCAUCUGCGACUAACAUCCUGGCAUGUACACCAUCAAAUAGUGCCGCUGAUCUGAUAGCUAAGAGGUUAAUACAGCACAUUCCUAAAGCAGAGGUUCUACGACUGAAUGCCGCAUCUAGGUCAUGGGCAGCUGUCCCCGAGGAAAUCAAGUGUGUAUGCAACUUCAAUAAGGAGACUCGCCAUUUUUACUACCCUAGAAAGUCUGAUCUACAGAAGUAUAGAAUCAUCAUUAGUACACUGGUGACUGCUGGAAGACUAGCCUCGGCAAACUUUCCAUCAGGACAUUUCAGUCAUGUUUUUAUUGACGAGGCUGGACACGCCCCUGAGCCCGAGUCUCUGAUAGCUCUAGCAGGAAUCAUGGAGGUAAACCCAGCUCUUCAAUGUGGAGGUCAGGUUGUGAUAGCAGGUGACCCGAAACAGCUCGGACCAAUCCUUAGGUCGCCACUUGCCAUAAAAUAUGGUUUAGACAUAUCUUUAUUGGAACGCUACAUGGAGUCAUGUGAGCUAUACUCGCCAUGCAGUGAUGAUGACGGUCACAAAAGUUACGACGUACGUGUUAUAACAAAACUUCUGAAUAACUACAGAUCUCAUCCUGCCAUCUUGAAACUUCCCAACGAAAUAUUCUACGAUAGUGAACUGAUUCCUUGUGCUGGGAUUGACAGAGAGAAGCUAUGUAGAUGGGAAGGUUUACCAAAACCAGGGUUUCCCUUGGUAUUUCAUGGAAUUGUUGGGGAGGAUAUGAGAGAAGAAAGAAGUCCAUCAUUCUUUAAUGCGCAGGAGGUGGCCAUAGUUGUGCAAUAUGUUGAAGAGUUGAUGACCUGUAGGAAAGGUGGAAUAAAUCUGAAACAAAGUGAUAUAGGAGUGAUCUCCCCUUAUAGAAAGCAGGUUCAGAAGAUACAGCAAGUGUUGAGGAGGAAACGAUAUGAUAAAAUAUCUGUGGGUUCAGUAGAAGAAUUUCAAGGUCAAGAGCGAACUGUGAUAAUUGUUUCAACCGUCCGAAGUAAACCAGAGUACAUGUCAUUUGAUAUGCAGUUUCAACUGGGAUUUUUGAGAAAUCCAAAGAGGUUUAAUGUUACAGUAACACGUGCAAAAGCAUUGUUGAUAGUGAUUGGUAACCCCAACACACUUAGUGGGGAUCUUCACUGGAAACAGUUGAUAGAUUACUGUGAAGAAAAUGGGGCAUACAAGGGUACAGAGAGAAUGUCUGAAGAUGAUGAAUUAGAAGAUCUCAUUCAAAGAUUGGCAGCUGUCGAACUAAUUGAUGAUGAAUGCAGACUCAUUCCAGAAAUACAGAGUGACUAUAAUGAACUAGCCUGGAGAAGUGAUAUAUAGGAAAAGGACAAGUCUUGGGAACUGGCAUUUAAAUUAUGAAAAUUAUCUGCAGAAGUGAAAUUUCAGGAAAUAAAGAAGCCUCAAAAAGGGAUAUUUAGUUUCAAGUCUUAUAUAAGUCUAGAGAUGAGAUAUUCCAUUUUAGAAUAGAACAAGUGUGAACUUCAAAAGAGAUAUUUAGUUACUAAGUACUUGCAGUGUUGUGCAAUGUCCUGGGGAGGUGAUAUGUUGUAUACAAAAAUAAAUCAGGAAGGCAAACAAGCCUUGAAAAGUGA